ACGUGUCCUUUUCAUCCUACAGCACUUUGGUCCACCUUAUGAUUAACACUUUGGUCACCUUAUGAUUUAUGGAAGAAGCGAGUAGUGGCGAAAAUCGGUAACACGCUAACACAAAAAUCACCACACAACUUUUUAUGGAUACUUAUUGUAUAGUACUCAAGAUUUUUUCUCAACAUUGUAGGAUAAUUUAAACAAUUCUUCACAGCUUCCACAAACACUUUUCACUCCAAGGUCACUACCAAAAAAAAACUAACAUGGGAUCUACAACUACAAAUGAAAUUGAAAGCAAGUUCAAAUCGAAUUCUGAUAGGAUGGAUGAGCUCAAAGCAUUUGAUGAGACAAAAGCUGGUGUUAAAGGCCUUGUAGACGAAGGUGUUGUCAAAAUCCCAACCUUAUUUCAUCAUCCACCUGAUACGUUUUCAUACUCCACUAAUUCAACCAACACAGAACACAUCAUUCCUGUUAUAGACUUUACAAAUACAAGGCAACAUAUUAUAAACAAAAUAAAGGAAGCUUCUGAGACAUGGGGUUUCUUUCAAGUGGUUAAUCAUGGCAUUCCCUUGAAUGUUCUCGAGGAUAUGAAAGAUGGUGUGGUUAGAUUCUUUGAACAAGAUACUGAAGUAAAAAAAGAGGUGUAUACUAGAGAUCAAACAAGACCAUUGGUUUACAAUAGUAAUUUUGAUAUGUAUAGUUCACCAGCACUUAAUUGGAGGGAUACUUUUAAAUGUAACAUUGCUCCUAAUGCUCCAAAACCAGAAGAUUUGCCAGUAGUUUGCAGGGAUAUAGUUCUAGAAUAUGGAGCACAUGUAGAGAAACUUGGAAUGACACUCUUUGAGCUACUAUCAGAAGCUCUUGGGUUGAAUCCGAACCAUUUAAAAGACAUGGAUUGUUCUAAGUGGAUCAUGCUACUUGGUCAUUACUAUCCUGCUUGUCCUCAACCAGAAUUAACUAUGGGAACCACCAGACACUCUGAUGGUAGCUUUCUCACAGUGCUUCUUCAAGAUCAUAUUGGUGGCCUUCAAAUUCUUUAUCAGAAUAGUUGGAUUGAUGUUUCCCCAAUCCCUGAGGCUCUUGUUAUCAAUAUUGGUGAUCUUCUGCAGCUUGUAACAAAUGAUAGGUUCAAGAGUGUUGAACAUAGAGUAGUGGCAAACACCAUUGGUCCGAGAGUAUCUGUUGCAUGUUUUCUUAGGGGACAAGAAAAGCUUUAUGGACCAAUAAAAGAGUUAUUAUCAAAAGACAAUCCACCCAAAUAUAGAGAAACCACUUUUACUGAUUAUGUAACUUACUUCAAUGCAAAAGGGCUUGAUGGUAGUUCUGCUCUUCAACAUUUCAAGAUUUGAGACUUCCAAACUGUGGAAUUAGCUGUUUUUUUUACAUAAAAUCCAAAGCAUACAAUACUUCUUAAAAGCGGUGCAAAGAACAUGAUGUAUUUUCUGGACUCUCGGGGAGUUUGGCAAAAUCAGAUGUGGAGGUUUGAAAUUUUUCAAAUGUCGGUGGUUUUGGUUUUAAAACAUGAUCAUGUGAGGUGAAAAUAGUGCCCAUGUUGAUUAUUAUUUUCAAGUGAAGCUUCAAGUUGAUUUAUGCUCUACUGCAAAUACUAGCCAACACUCCUCAAUUACUCAAAUUCGGAGGGAUGAACUGCACUAAAAUAUCAUGCAGAAUUAAAAAACUUUGAUUUGCUGAAAUUAUGUUUAAUUAGUGACUCACCCAAUGUAGAAACUAUAAGUUGAGAAUAUAUUGCGUAAGUUGUUACUUUCAUUAAA